AUGCCAUCGAAAGUUUUUGGGAACAUAGUAGCUAAACCCUUGAUAUUUCUAGCAGCUUUCGCUCAUUUUAUCGCGCUCAUAGCUCUUCUAGUCACUGCGCUUACGCACCAUUCCGAUGGAGAUGGCCUCGUUUUACGGCAUCUGAUUCAUCAUGGGGCAGGACAGCGAGGACCUAGGGCACGAAGACUCGACCUUUACCCGGACAGAUUUACGUCUAAAAGUCAGGCGGCACGCUUAGGACCAUUUCGUAUCAAGAAAGCGGCCAUACCUAUCAAUAGGCCAGCUUAUCUAUCAGACAACCUUCAGAAGUUUGCAUCCCCGGUCUGGAAUCUGGAGGAUGUAACUGGCCCUGCCGUUGAUGACAAGGAAACCGUCGUCAACUUUGCGCGCAUGUCCGAGGACGCGUAUAAACCAGACCCCUCAGAUAGCGAGUGGAUGGACAUUGGCGACAAAUUCAAUGAUUCUAUCCCAUUUGGCUGGGAGGACAGUGGGAUCAGGGGUCAGGUAUUCUCAGACUCUUCUAAUUCGACUGUGAUACUUGCAAUCAAAGGUACCACGGUAGCUGUCUUCGAGGGCAACGGAACUUCAACACGGGACAAAGAAAAUGAUAAUCUCUUUGGGUCGUGCUGCUGCGGACAGGGAGGCGCUUACCUUUGGCAUCAGGUAUGCGACUGCCAGACGAGUACAUACACAUGCGACAACAGCUGCGUCAAACAGGAAUUGCGCCAACCCAACAAGUACUUCGAGGCGGUGUUGGAGUUGUAUGAUGAGGUCAUCCAACUCUAUCCCACUGCACAGAUAAUGACUGUCGGGCACAGUCUCGGUGGCGUAUUGGCUUCGCUACUGGGUUUACGACAUGGCCUACCUAGUGUUACCUUCGAGGCCUAUCCACAGGCACUGGCUGCCACCCGCCUGGGCUUGCUCGGACCGCAAAGUCCAUCAAGUCGGAAAAAUACUGGUGGCUUCCACUUUGGCCAUUCUGCAGAUCCUAUAUAUAUGGGAACUUGCAACGGAGGCUCGAGCUUUUGCUCGAUUGCCGGGUACGCCUUCGAAACAACCUGUCAUACCGGAAGGAAGUGCAUCUAUGAUGUUGUGAAAGACUGGGGGUGGAGACAGAGUACGAACUACCACCGACUUCGUUACGCUAUUGCAAAUGUCUAUGAGAAAUACGAACAAGCCGCACCUUGUCAGGACGAGGAUGUCAAUUGCGAAGAUUGCUAUCUUUGGAAAUUCGAAAAUGGCACGCAUACGAAGAUACCGAGUACCACAUCUUCAACGGAACAAUCGACGCGGACUCGGACAGAAACCUGCAAAACGCCUGGUUGGUGGGGCUGCCGAGACGAAGCAACCACUUCGGAACCCAGUACUACGGAAUUGAUUACCACCACUACCAGUGUUUGCAAAACACCCGGUUGGUUUGGCUGCAAAGACCAGACUUCCACAACUGAGGCAACCACUACCACCUCUGUAACUACGUCAUGUACUCAUAAAGGCUGGUUCGGGCGUUGUCUUGAUGAAGAAACUACUUCAACAUCUCCCGCACCGAUUCCGGUGGCCCAUCCAAGAAGCGCUCAUGUUGCUAUACAAACUUCUGCUUGA